GUUUUUUCCGCUUAGUCGGCCGGGGAACCUGCCGCUGUGCUAACUGUUCUCUGCAGGACAGGGGAUGCGAUUCCGUGCCCCUGAAGUGAAAUGUCCCCAGGUUCCCAGAGAAAUAACUUUGGAGUCUUUGCAGCCGUGUUUGUGGGGUGUCUUGGUGUCCUAAAGUGAGUUGGAGCUUCUGGUCCUCUCCUACAUUUGUAUGGCCUGCCUAGCACUCCUGGUGUCUGAGCUCUCUUAAACCUGAUGUGUCUCCACAUUUGGCAACUAAGAGCUAUAAUUCUAGAAACGUUUACAUUUGUCCAGGACCAAGGAAAUGAAUCCAUUCUUGAUGAUUUCUCCAAGGUUGAGAGUUGGGUGUUGAAGUUUUUGUCAUAAGGCAUGUGUGCUCUCCAGAAAAGGACAGAGAGAGGAAAGGGGUUCGUGUCAUUUGAGGAUGUAGCUGUGGACUUCACCUGGGAGGAGUGGCAGAACCUGAACGAUGCUCAGAGGACCCUAUAUAAGGAUGUGAUGCUGGAGACCUACAGCAGCCUGGUGUUCUUGGGGCACUGUAUUGCCAAACCUGCGGUGAUCUUCAAGUUGGAGCAAGGAGGAGAGCCAUGGACAUUAGAAUUCCCCAACCAGACCUUCCCAGGAGAGAAACCCUAUGGAUGUGAACAAUGUAAGAAAACGUUCUUCCAGAAUUCAGACCUCACUGUACAUCGUAAAACUCACACAAGAGAGAAACCUUCUGAAAGUGAACAAUGUAGGAAAAUAUUCUACCAGAAGUCACACCUCACUGUUCAUCAGAGGACUCACCCAGGAGAGAAACUCUAUGAAUGUGUACAAUGUAGGAAAACCUUUUCCCAGAAGUCAGCACUCACUGUACAUUGGAGAAUUCACACAGGAGAAAAGCCCUAUGAAUGUGUACAGUGUGGGAAAACAUUCUCCCAGAAAGCAGACCUCACUGUACAUCAGCGGACUCACACAGGAGAGAAACCCUAUGAAUGUGAACAAUGUAGGAAAACGUUCUCCCUCAAGUCAUCUCUCACUGUACAUCAGCGAACUCACACAGGAGAGAAACCCUAUGAAUGUGAACAAUGUAGGAAAACAUUUUCUCAGAAGUCGAUACUCAUUGCACAUUGGAGAAUUCACACAGGAGACAAACCCUACGAAUGUGAAGAAUGUAGGAAAACAUUUUCCCACAAGGUAGUCCUCACUGUACAUCAAAGAACUCACACAGGAGAAAAACCCUAUGAAUGUGAACAAUGUGGGAAAACGUUCUCACGGAAGUCGUCCCUCACUGUACAUCAGAGAACUCACACAGGAGAGAAACCCUAUGAGUGUGAACAGUGUAGGAAAACAUUCUACCAGAAGUCAGCCCUCACUGUACAUCAGAGAAUACACAGAAGAGAAACCCUGUGAAUAUAAACUACAUUCAUGACAGCCUUCACUGCACAUCAGAGAACUCAGGCAGGAGAGAAGCCCUGAAAAUGUGGACAAUGUAGGAAAACAUCUACAAGAAGUGACAGUGUACAGUGCAAAAGAAAACUCAGAACAGAAAUAUGAACAUAAUAAAUGAAGGAACUCUUUCUAUCAGAUUUCAGAACUCACUGUACAUCAGAGAACCCAUAUGGGUGAAUAAUUAGUAACACAGUCUUGUAAGACUUUCGAUCAUAAUUUAAAAAUGAACUAAUCCCUGAAGGAAAUAGCAGUGAACUUUUUUUCACUUUCAGUUGUUUUGAUUCAGCAAGCCACAGCAGUUAAAAAUAAGGAUAUCAUAAAUUUUAGGAUGGUAUCUAUGUCUCCAAACAUUUCAGCAUUUUGAUGAAGAGCUCAGAGUUCUUCAGCUACAAGAGUUAAAUGCCAGAUUAUUUCUGAGACAUAUAUGUGGUAUUUUAAAGGUUAAAAAAAAAAGAUUUGGGAAAAAUAAACAUGGAAAUUAAAACACCAAGUGAAAUUUGUCUAUCCAGUUCUGUCCAUUGUUUAGAAGACAGCAAAAAAGUGAUUCUAGCCUUAAAAACUUAUAAAUUCCCCCAGAGCCUGGGAACCACCCAUACCUACUGAGAACACCUUCCAUGAAUACCUUUGGUGAAAUUUCCAAUUUCACAUUAGAGAUAGAAGAGACCCAGCCUGGCCAGGAGGCAUAUGACAGGUGUAUGUGUGUGGGUGCAUGCAUGUGCACAUGUGUGUAGGUGUGUAGGAGGGGCAGUAUCCCAGGGGCAUCAGGAUAUUUGCAGGACCCCCUUUGGCUGUUAGUCACAACCUUUAUGUCUUGCUUCAGCCAAUUUCUGAGGCAGAACACUCCCAGGUCGAGAAAUGCAACCCAUGGUGAAUUGGUAUUAGGCUGCUUUUGGUUUACCCAACAUCACCAAAUGGCUAGACCAGACCAGAUCAUGGUGACCAGCAUGCCGAGUAGGUGGUGUCAUUGUUUAGAAUAAGGGGCUGUAGGGAGUCAGUAUGAGCUGGAAUGUCUACAAUCAUCACUGCUGUCUCCACGCUUGAUUCAUCUUGUAAAAUUGGCUAGAUUUCAAAUAUAUGCCUCUUUCCCUUAAAGUGAAUCCCAGAUUCAUUCUACUCUACCGCUAGUUAAUUUAAUUAAUUAAUUGAUUUGUCAUUAUUUAAUUUGCCAUAAGGCAUAUGCGCUUACCACAGAAAGACAGAGAAAGGGAGAAAGCAAGUUGGUCUAGGACAUGAACCACGGUUGGUCAUGUGAGAGUCCAGUGCCUUAACCACCAUGCCACUUGCCUGCCACUGUCACUACCUUUAAAUUCAUAGGAUUGUUAUUCCCAGCCUAGAAACAAAAAUUUUUAUUGAACUUGAUGGUACACCUGGGAUUUCUUCAACUGUUUCUUCAGAAAAGAUAUAGAGUUCUUAACAAAAAAAUCUUUCCUUUUUUUGUAACUUGAAGUUUGGGGAAAAAUAUCAACCUUAAAGAAGGAAAUUGCAAUACUGCUUACAACAUGGAUAAACUUUGACAUUAUGCUGAAUGAAAUACCUAGUCCCUAAAGGCAAGUUCUGCAUAGUUUUACUUAUAAGUACUAGCUAAAGUCCUUGAAUUCAUUUAGAAAUGCAAGAUAGAAUGGCAGUUAUAAGAGGCUGUUAGGAAAUAAAAUCUAAGAGUUCUCCAGCUACAGAAGUUAAAUACCAGGUUAUUUCUGAGACACAGAUGUGAUAGUUUAAAGAUGCAAAGAAACAUUGAUUUGGGAAAGAAUAAAAAUAAGCAUAGAAAUAAAAACAGUAAGUGACAUUUGUCUAUCCAAUUUUAUCCAUUGGUACAGAAUUUAAUGAGUACAGAGUUUCUAUUUUACAAAAUGAAAGAAUUCUGGAUCUUGGUUGCACAGUAAUGGGAACAGACUCAACAAGAUUGAACUGCAUACUCUUAGACAUGAUUGAGAUGUAAAUGGCCAAAAGUCUUUAGUUAGAUUUUAGUCAGGCUUCUCGCUCUUUUAGGUUCCUCUGUGUUCUAAAAUCCCCAUGGAGCAAAGAACCCUCAAUAGUUGGACCAGUUUUAAUAAUUGACUGUAUUUCUUAUCCUCCACCACCCCCAGGUGAUGUGUGAUCACCCUGCCUUCCUUCAGCAAGAAUUCUGUUAGUUCAUUUUAUCCCAAAUCCCUCAUGUCCUUGAUGUUCCCUUUUAGUAAUUUUCCAUCUGCUGUCUCCCUCACUGCUUCUUGGCUGUUAAUUUCCACUGCCCAUAAUGUAUUUGGAGUUAAGCCCAAUCUCCCUUCCCCACUGCAAAACUCCCAUUGCAGUGGACCAUAACCUUCUGAUGGUCCUAAAUAAAGCUUUUCUUACUAGG